GGUUUUGUACCCACAUUUCCGAAGACCGCAAUUAGUGUGUGGCCUGACGCUAACAGGAUCGCUUGUUACCUAGUAGUGUUACUUAUUUAUCGUGAGUGGCUAGAUACAUACAUUACCUACGCGUAAAACGCCGUCUUACUUAAACAUGUGGGAAACGCAAGCGGAUUUGGAUUCUGUUCUUUUAUCUAUCGAAAAUGACCUGCGCCAGCAAGUGUCGGAGAUGCGCCGCUUAUCUGCGAGCUUCCAGCCUCGCAUGGCGAUCGUGCAGGUGGGCGGCCGAGAGGACUCCAACGUGUACAUCCGUAUGAAGUUGAAGGCGGCUGAGAACAUUGGUAUCCUGGCCGAGCACAUCAAGCUACCCCGAGACUGCACACAACCGGAGCUCCUGACCAAGUUGGCGGCCUUAAACGAUUCGCCUCUGGUGCACGGCAUCAUCGUCCAAAUGCCUGUCGACUCCAUACACUCCAUGGACGCUCACCUCAUCACCGAUGCAGUUUCACCCCAGAAGGACAUUGAUGGCCUUAAUACUAUGAAUGAAGGGCGAGUUGCCCUCGGCGACAUGACAGGUUUCAUUCCUUGCACGCCAGCUGGUUGCUUGGAGCUCAUCAAGCGUACGGGAACUACUAUAGCCGGCAAAACUGCCGUAGUUCUGGGUCGGAGCAGAAUUGUUGGCACACCGGUCGCUGAACUGCUAAAAUGGGAGCACGCCACCGUUACUGUAUGCCAUUCGAAGACGAAAAACCUAAGUGAAGUGACCAAGACAGCUGACAUCCUAGUAGUGGCAAUAGGCAGGGCGGAGUUGGUCCGUGGUUCAUGGAUUAAGCCAGGCGCAGUUGUCAUCGACUGCGGAAUAAACGCAAUUCCUGAUGCAUCCAAGAAAUCCGGCCAGCGUUUGGUUGGCGACGUGGCAUACUCGGAGGCAAUAGAAGUAGCGUCGCACGUAACACCGGUGCCCGGCGGAGUGGGUCCGAUGACCGUUGCAAUGCUAAUGAGGAACACUUUGAUAGCUGCAAGGCGUCAGCUAGAACGUGCUACAGCAUCUGUGUGGCCCCUACAGACCCUGCGUCUUAACACGCUUACCCCUCCACCCAGUGACAUCGUCAUAGCACGCUCUCAAAAGCCGAAACACAUCAGUCAACUGGCAGAAGAAAUCGGCCUUUUCCCCAAUGAGGUUUCUCAGUACGGCAACACAAAAGCGAAGAUAUCGCUUUCCGUACUGGACCGCCUGCGGGAUCAACGGGGUGGAAAGUACAUCGUCGUUGCUGGAAUAACACCUACUCCACUGGGCGAGGGCAAGAGUACCACUCUUCUAGGGUUGGUGCAAGCUCUGGCCGCUCACCGUGGCCGCAACGCGUUCGCUUGUAUGAGACAACCCAGCCAAGGACCAACUUUUGGCGUCAAAGGCGGCGCUGCUGGGGGUGGUUACUCACAGGUUAUACCAAUGGAAGACUUCAAUCUUCAUCUCACGGGAGACAUUCAUGCUGUUACUGCGGCAAAUAACCUCUUAGCAGCGCAAAUGGAUGCCAGAAUCUUCCACGAACUCACACAAAAAGACGGUCCGCUGUAUGACCGUCUUGUACCAAAGAUCAAAGGAGCGAGGAAGUUCUCCGCCGUACAGCUCAGAAGACUGAAGAGAUUGGGUAUCAACAAAACAGACCCUGAUGCUUUGACGCCGGAAGAAAGGACCAAAUUCGCUAGACUGAAUAUCGAUACCACAAAAAUUAUGUGGAACAGAGUUGUUGACCUAAACGACAGAUACCUCCGUAAAAUAACAAUCGGUCAAUCCCCCACCGAGAAAGGUUUUACACGGGAAAGUAGUUUCGAUAUAUCUGUAGCAUCCGAAAUUAUGGCUGUGUUGGCCCUGGGCAAAGAUGUUGAGGAUAUCAAGGAGCGACUGUCUAGUAUGGUGGUGGCAUUGGACAAGAGCGGCAACCCUGUCACUGCAGAUGAUCUGGGAAUGACUGGUGCUCUGAUGGUGUUACUCAAAGACGCGUUCGAACCGACCCUGAUGCAAUCUCUGGAAGGUACCCCGGUGCUGGUACACACGGGGCCCUUUGCCAACAUCGCGCAUGGAUGUUCUUCAAUCCUGGCGGACAAGAUCGCCAUGAAACUCGCCCGGGCGGACGGUUAUGUGGCUACUGAAGCUGGAUUCGGAUCUGAUAUUGGUAUGGAGAAAUUCUUUGACAUAAAGUGCAGAGCGAGUGGUGAUACUCCGCACUGUGCGGUCAUAGUGAGUACGGUACGCGCUCUCAAGAUGCACGGAGGUGGUCCCACAGUCAGCCCGGGCUUACCGCUGCAUGACGUUUAUGUGCAGGAAAAUUUGGACUUACUUAGCAAGGGUUUGUGCAAUUUGGGUAAGCACAUCAGCAACGGAAACAAAUUCGGUGUACCAGUAGUGAUAGCUGUUAAUAGACACGGAAAUGACACCGAAGCGGAACUCAACAUGGUCAAAGAGUACGCAAUGAAGAACGGCGCAUUCAGUGCAGUCAUAUGCAACCACUGGGCCAAAGGCGGUGCUGGGGCUUUGGAGUUAGCUGACGCUGUGAUCGCUGCUUGCGACUCUUCCUCUACUUUCGAAUACCUCUACCCACUGAACAUGUCCAUCCAGGAGAAGAUAAAGAAGAUCGCCGAAGAAAUGUACGGCGCUGGUCAAAUUGAAUAUUCUAAUGAGGUUUUGGAGAAGAUUAAGGUGUUCUCUGAAAGGGGUUACGACAAACUGCCCAUCUGUAUGGCCAAGACAUCCAACUCUCUAACCGGUGAUCCGAGCGUCAAAGGCGCGCCCACGGGCUUCACUCUCCGAAUCAAUGACAUCUUCGUAUCAGUGGGCGCCGGCUUCGUGGUGCCCAUGGUGGGUGAAAUAUCUAAAAUGCCCGGCCUCCCAACUCGACCCAGCAUCUACGACAUUGAUCUGAACACCCAGAGUGGUGAAAUUGAAGGGCUUUUCUAAUUUGAAUUAAAAUCGUUAUUUUUAUAUAUAAAAAUCUAUCUGUGAAUGUUGAAAAUGUUUAUCCUUAUUUGAAUAACCAAUUUUGUUUUAUUAAAUUAAUAUUUUCUUAAAA